AUGUUGCAAAUUACUUUACUACUAUUUGCGCUUUGCGUUGUAAUCAAUGGCAAAACCAACAAUGAUUGCUCAAAAUACAAGGAUUGCGCUUCUUGCGUUAAAGCACAUCGUCCUUUACCAGGAUUUCAGAGAUAUUGCGGGUGGCAUACUGACAAGUCAUCAUGUGAUGAGCCAUUUGCUAUUAUAGCAGGCAGCAACGUGGUCGUACGUGAACCAUUUAUGUGUCCUCAAAAUGUACCAACUGCUGAAAAAUAUCGCUAUACUGAUGCACUUGGCCGCUCCCUGUAUGGCCUUACAUUAGCCGUUCGAAAUAAAGAUCCUGCAGAAUGCCUUGCAAAUAGUCAACCUGACAUACAAUUGAUAAAGCGUUAUGAGGUGGAAUGUGAUCAAUCACGUAAUCUUUGUGCUGCAAUGCUUGCUGUUUCUAAACGUGACAAGAAAAUUUAUGUUGUGUAUAAAUCAAGCAAUAUGGACAAACAAUUAAUUACGGAAGUAUUAUUUUACUUUUAUUCCUAA